AUGCCAAAAAUGGCCUAUGAAUCAGGUUCAGUUCGUCAACUUGCCUUUCAAUCAUUGGUUUCAUACACUACCACAGUUUUACUCGGACCAAUUGCAGCUGCAAUUGGAGAUUUCAAUAGCGACAGUUAUCUAGAUAUUGUGGUUGCAAAUUAUGAUAAUAGCAGCGUCGGUGUGCUUCUUGGAAAUAGAAAUGGCACAUUUCAGACACAAAGAAUAUUUUCAGUCGGUAACAAUAUUCAACCGAUAGCCAUUACUGUUGCUGAUUUCAAUAAUGACGGACGACUAGAUACUGUUGUUGCUAAUUAUCGCGGUUCGAAUAUUACUGUUCUUCUUGGAAAUGGUAAUGGAACUUUACAGGCACAAUACAGUAUGUCAACUGGAGCUAAUAGCAAACCCAAUGCUGUUGCUGUCGGAGACUUCAAUAACGAUAAUCGAUUGGAUAUUGCAGUUGCCAAUUACGGAACUAGCAAAGUGGGCGUGUUUCUGGGAAAUGGUGAUGGCACUUUCACGAUUCAAAGUACAUAUUCAACUGGAAGCAGUAGUCGGCCAUAUGCGGUUGCUAUUGGUGAUUUUAAUCAUGAUAAUCAAUUGGAUUUGGCUACGGUUAACUAUGGCACUAACAAGGUAGGUAUAUUUCUUGGCAUUAGAAAUGGUACCUUUCAAGCACAAACAACCUUUCUCGUUGGUACUAAACCAAGUUGGAUAAGUGUUGCUGAUUUUAAUGAUGACAGCUAUCUGGAUAUCGCUGUUCUUAAUAGCGGUGAUAAUAAUGUGGGUAUUUUUCUUGGAAACGAAAAUGGAGUGUUUGGUACACAGGCCACUUUUCCUGUAGGAAAUAGUACUUGGAGUUUUUUCUUUACUAUUACUGAUUUAGAUAGUGAUGGUCAUUUGGAUAUAGUGGUACCUAAUGUAGUGGAAUCUACUAUUAGUAUCUUGCUGGGACAUGGUGAUGGGACUUUUCAAUUACAACAGAAGUUUUCGAUUAGAGCAAACAGUGAACCGUAUGGAUUAGCUGUCGGUGAUUUUAACAAUGAUAAUUGGCUUGACAUCGCCGUAACUAAUUAUGGAAAAAACGAAGUGGGAAUUCUAUUGCGCACAUGGUAA